AUGAAUUCUACUGCUCUUCGCCCUCAGGGGUCUCAUGGUGGUAUCACCAAACGCGUUGGUGGUCGUGCUCGAGUUGACAGAGAUGGAGAUCUUGAUAUGGAUGGUCAUGGUCCUUCUGGAGGACGCGGUGGCCGUGGCCGAGGAAAUAGAAAUAGGGGUGGUCGUGGUGGUGGUGGCGGGGCCGGUGCUGUUUCUAGAGGAGGGCGGUCGGGUGCUGGUUCUAUUAUCCCCGCCGGUCCUGCUGCCGGCCGCACAGAUCUGGGCCCGAACAGGGGUAGGGGGAUACCAACGAGAGGUUCUCGGAAUGGAACGGUAUCCGUUUCCGAGACACUCGUUGAGGUUAGAAUCACUGGGUGGAAGGACAGCAAGGGUUCUGCGGAGGAGGCAAUCGCUUUCCUGGAGAGGAAGAGCCGAAUAAAACUUCGAAAGGUGAGAUAUACCAUUCGUCCCCACGGGGUCCGUACUGCUCCGUUCUUCUCGAUGUAUUCUAUGUUGUCAUUCCAGACUUUUCUUGGUUCCGAGAUAUGCUUUUCUUGUUAUAGUUGCGUGUGGUUCAUCUUGUACUACUACGUUUAUUUGGGAGGGUGGGGGAGGUUUGGGGAUUGGGCUGGGCUUCGAUCUGGAGAUUCUCAACAAUCUUCGGGAGGACCGCUCUACGAUGUGUUCGGAUACGGAAGAUGUCCCCACUCUUGGCGCGAAACUAAGCCAAAGAAACCACGCAAAAUGGACCAAGAUUUGACUGCCGAUACUUGCAACUGGACAACUAUUUAUUUCCCCUUUUUGUUGAGAGUUGAAAGAAAUUUUGGAAGAAGAGAGGAAAAACCAAUGCUAAGUACCGUUUUUCUGGGGCCAAUUUAGACCUUAAAGCAAGGAGACACCAUCAUCGCUCAGGUCCCCUUCCCAAAGAUUCACUCGAUUCUAGAGUGGAAUGACGCUCAGUUUGCAUCUUCUAAGCUGAGGCUGGCCGCGCCUAGUCUCGGCCGGCUCGACGUUACAGAGAGGAGUGAGGCGGUUAUCUCCCGCGCCAAUCCAGCGAAUAAGGAUACCGUGGACACGAUCCAAACCCUUGAGGGCGUUCUUGCGAAUCGGUACAGCCCCGAAGCCAAAUUCCUGGACCUAUCGCGGCUCGGUGAGGACGUGCUCUUGAGGGCGAACGGCUUCUUCCAACUCAGCAGCACAACCAGCAAGAUGUUCCCAGCGCUCAUGCAAGUAGCUGAAAAGAAGUUCACGACGGCGCAGCAAAAGCGUGACACAGUCCACAGCGUAUCGCUAGCGCACAACAACCUAAAGGACGUCCGCGCCGUCACGAGUCUGAGCGUAACAUUUCCGGACUUGAAGAACUUGAGUCUGGAAGGCAACUCCAUCGGGGACUGGAAAACGCUGGACAAUUGGCGCCACAGGUUCAAGAACUUGGAGCAGUUGGUUCUCAGCGGAAACCCGAUCACGUCGCAGCAGGGCUACGUGGAAGAGGCCUACCGGCGGUACCCGAAACUUUUGUUGUUGGACAACAUGCCUGUGGACCCUGUGAUCAGACAAAAAAUCAUGGCGGAGAGCGCAGCGCCAGCAACCGUCCCAACGGGCCCCGACGGCCGUCCUAUCCUCCCGCGUAAGGUCCAGCCAAGAUUCAUCCAGGAUGACUACGGCGUCGGCAUGAAGUUCCUUUCCCGCUUCUUCGAAACCUACGACGCGGACCGGGCCUCACUGCUCCGCGAGUUCUACGACGCCGAAUCCCUCUUCUCCCUCUCGGUCAACACGUCCGCGCCACGCACUCAGGAGCAGCAACACACCCGCCAGUUCUGGGACGAGUACAUCCCAAAAUCGCGCAAUCUGAAGCGGGUCUCGCACUCGAAGGGCCGCACCGACAGACUCGCUAUGGGACCCGACGAGAUUGCUGGGUUGUGGAGCGAGUUGCCUACCACUAAGCAUGACCUUGCAAAUAACGACGCCUGGAGCUUCGACAUUUGGCCCGUGGAGGUCACGCCCGGCGUGAUGGGCGUGCUUUGUACCGUACACGCCGAGUUCCAGGAACUCAAUAAGGUAGAUGGCCCGCAGAAGAUUGUCCGCCGGAGCUUCGACCGCUCGUUCAUGCUGCGACCAGACGUGCUCGGUGAGGUUAAGGUGGCCAACGACAUGUUGGUGGUCAGGGCCUAUGGCGGCUUCGAUAGCUGGAAGCCGGAGGAUGGGAGUGGGAGCGCUGGAGGCGGCGGAGGAGGGCAGGAAGGAGAGGCGGCGAAGAACUCUAUGUGUGAGCAGUUGAUGGCGCAGACCGGGCUGAGACUGGACUGGGCUACCAUGUGUCUUUCGGAGACAGGGUGGAAUAUCGACAAUGCCUGGAAGGCGUUUUUGGAGGCUAAAGUUUGUUCCAUUCUACAUCCCCCCCUCCUUAUAUUCCCCAUGGGAAUCUUGGACUGACAAGUCACAGGCCAACGGCGCGAUCCCUCAAGAUGCAUAUUUAUCCGGCACUACUACCACCGCUCCCGCCACUGCUAUUGGCGUGAAUACUGUGGGCGGCCGAGAUGGGCUAUUAUAGGACGGAUCGGUCGGAUCUCUUUUCUUAUCAUUCAUGUGUCAGAACCAUUGUACAAAAGUCACGUACGACUACAACUUUUAUUUCCUUCUUGCGCAUUUUCAUGUGUUGGGUCGGCUGGCUUGGGGAUGGGCUCUCGUUAUUUCAUUCAUACAUUGAUAUUCAAGUACUGUACAGUACCAUACGUCUUUAUAUAUCUCUCUUUUUUUCUUUUUCCUUUUUUGUCUUUUCUUUCUUGCUAUAUGAUUGUCUGCCUGUCUGUCUGUCUGCCUGUCUUAAUUAACGUAUCUUGCCCGAUCACAAUUGAUGGAUGGGGGGGAAUGUUAUAGGGAUGGGAUUGGAUUGGAUUGGAGUAUCGUUUCCGUCACCGUCGUUGCUACUAUUAUUAUUAUUAAACCGGCAUUACCAAAGUUCGUUAGACUGGUUCGAGUCUUUAUAAUUUUUUUUUAUAAUUUUUUUUAUAUUGAUCAUUGCAGUGGAUAAGGGUUGGGGUUAUUCGCUGUGGGUAGUGAAAUAAAACUAUGAUCAUUUCAAUUCACCCUUAACCUCCUCCUGCACCCCCUCUUUCGUUUCCAACUUGACCAACGAGAUCCUAAAAGCCGGCAACUUGACCCCCACGACGCCAGCCUCCCCCUCUGAGAGAAAGACAAACUCGGAAACACUCUGCCCGGCGUACGCCCAAGUGUCGAUAUUGGUGAAACAAGCCCUGCUCCAAACCGUCUCCUCCUUCUCUUCAUGAGGGAUGAAAUUCACGCUCAUCCUCCAAGCACUUCCAAUUCCCGUCGGGAACAAUCUAAGCUCCACCUCCCCCGGUGUGGGCAUGCCAGCAUAGUCGUGAUAAAAGCUUGCGAAAAAGGCAUUCAUGUCAGUGCCGUUGCUAAUGAAAGUUUCUACCCCCAGGCCCGGAAGAUUUGGAGCCGUGGUUAGCGUUAUGGUGGUGUUGAUGCCCGUGGUGGGUAGGGCGGAGUAGGUUCCCGUGAAUUUCGUCGUUGUCUGCGAAAGGGCGUGGGUGUGCGCCCAGGGUAUUAGCUGCGAGAUGAUGGUAUCCCGGAGGUAGCGGUUGGCGGCGGCGGCACCGGAUACCAGAACGUUUGCUGCGAGGGCGUAGUCUGGGAGGAUGAUGGUGGUGGAGGGGUAGCCUGCAAGUGAGCCGCCUUUUGUUAUCACGGGAACCACGUGCCCGUCGGGCGCUAGGGUAUUGGAAAAGACUACUUCCCAGGGCGUGCCGUAUCC